GCGUUUUUAAGCAAACAGCGUCGGUGAUCCCCUCUCUGAAGUGUCAACGCUAUAGUGGCCAUGUUUCCAUUUGAAAAAUGUUAGCAAAUACUGAGGUUGCCAUUGGCCAGGGUACCAUUAAAGCGGCAUCAGCAGUAUGUUGUUUGUGGGUUGCACGUCGGCGGUUCGGCGAUUCUUGGCCGCAGCUUCAGACGACAUCCAACAUGAACUGCUUUAACGCCCACUGCCCACGAUACUGGCUUCAUUGUUCCUUGCAUUGGAUGGACCCUGGUGCAGUACAUUGACCUAGCUCAACAUGGCGUCCGGCUACGGCUUGACAGGAGGCGUCUCCCGAUGCUUUCCAUUCUGGCAAGAAUAUAUGUCUUGCUACGUUAUCAACCAGCACGAUCCUGAAGCAAGAGCACGAGGAGUUUGCGCACCACGGUUAGAAGAUUACUAUGAAUGUCUGCACCACAAGAAAGAAUACGCGAGAGCGGUGGCGAUCCAGAAUGCACUACGAAAAGCUGAAGCAGCACAUCCCCGUGAAAAUGCACCAAAAGUCGGCCAGAUCCGGAGUCUGGGCUUAUUAGGAAAGGAAGACGAGACAAAAUCGAUAUUAGGCGCUUCAUAGAAAUCGGGGUCAAGCUUGGGAAGAUCGCACUUGAGCUGGGAGAUUGUCUGCAUUCCGCGUUACGACGCUGUACAUAUCACGAGUACCUGGUACGCAGCCAGGCAAUGGAAGUGCCAUGAUCGAAUCAACUCGACACGUACAGGCGUUUGUUCGGAGGCCCCGGUUUCUGGACCACCAUUGUCGCCUUGGUGAUGGUACCCUUGCCACACUGACACGAGUUGAGGUUAAAGAAAGCAGACAUGAGCACUUCAUCGAAAUCUUGGAGUCCCGCGAGAGCAGUGAAGUCUUUUGAGGCAUGGGCCCGAGCAGUCUGCUACAUCAGGUGCUGCAUGAUUCAUGCUUCUUUCAGCGUCCAAGUUCCGAAUACUUUCCAAGGUGAAUUCCCGCCUGAGUCAUCUACUCAUAUGCCAUUCUAUAUGCACUCAAUCACAGUGCCAAUAUUCGAUCGAAACUGCUGGCGGGACGUAAGAUGUAGGCACCCACAGUAGUCAUGGUUGUCCGUCAUCAAGUCCCAGCUUCCGCAUGCUUCGUUUGUAAGCUGACCAGGCCACACGAUGUAACGACUUGAGAUACGACCAGACCGAUCAUAUAAAGUAUGCAACUUAAUAGUAAACCUUUGUGCAUACAUUAUUCAGGGAAGGUUCAGAUGCGAAUCGAG